ACACGCACCCACGCAGAUGCACGCACAGCAACUGUAGAGUGCAGCUGGAGCUGAAGAGCUGGACGCGUCCCGGUUUCCUGGAUGAUCAUCUGACUCCGCUUUGGUGCGCGCAAAAGGAAACGUCAGAUCGGAGCGGACGCGGCCUGCCUUCCUCUACGUCACUUGAGUUCGACUUGAAGGAGGCACGGGAGAGGGGUGCGAACGGCGGGCUGACAGCCACUGGCGCAACAAGCAUGGGAUUAUUAUUCAGUGCGUAAUGUUGCCACUCGGUCACUGCGGGAAAGCGCACUGCCGCGGGACCAUGUGAGACGUCCCGGAUCGAGCCUCUCCGUGUUUGUGUGUAAUGUGUGAAUAGUAACCUCCCCCCCCCCACUCCACCGUGGCCCCCGAACCCCCUCCCCCCCCGCCCCUGAGGAUCGCUCGAAAGAAGAGUUUGGGGCGCAAAGAGGAUUUUUUUUUUAUCAAUUUGUGCGCCGCCACCGACAUGGACGCGGCACCCACGGACCGACCAGGACCCCCGUUUUAACAGCCUUGCUUGUAAAUGCUCACUUGAUGGACGUGAAGCCUUCCUCCCUCCACCCAGCGCACCGCCAGCACCGCCGCGGAUUCUAACACCUCGCCUGGAUUUGGAUUUGACAACACCAUGAACUUUAUUGACAGUUUGACACUAUUAUUUCUGACGCUGUCGGCUGUCAAGAGUGCCCAAUUACCGAGGGAAACGCAAAGAGGUCCACAUGACGUUGGAUGAGUUUUCCGCACUUCAGACAAGCAGAGCCAGUAGGCCGUCUUUCAGGCUGAACAUGAAAUUCUGAAUCGUUCCCACAACACGCAGUCCAAAAUCCCCAUCAAGCCUUCCCACAAGAGUGGAAGCUGUUAUAACCAUCCGCGAAGUCCACAGUUUUGCUUCCCAAAGUGAUCCCCCUGAUGGAGGUGUACAACAAGAGCUUGUGUAAGCCUCGGGAGCUGCUGGUGGAGAUCCUGCAGGAGUACCCCGAGGAGGUGGAGCACAUCUUCAUCCCAUCGUGCGUGGUGUUGACGCGCUGCGCUGGCUGCUGCAACGACGAGACGCUGCAGUGCAUGCCCAUGUCCAGCUAUAACGUGACCAUGGAGAUCAAAAGAAUAAAAACCCAAAGACAACAAAAUGAUAUCUUCAUGAGUUUUACGGAACACAGCGCGUGUGAGUGUAGGUUAAAGAAAGAAGUGAAAGAGCUGCGAGAAAAUAUUUGCAAGCCCUGCUCUGAAAGGAGGAAGCAUUUAUUCGUGCAGGAUCCGCAAACCUGCCGCUGCUCCUGCAAACACACAGACGAGUUUUGUAAAGAACGCCAACUAGAGCUCAACGAGAGGACCUGCAGAUGUGACAAGCCCAGAAGAUGAGCGAGGAGAAACGCCGCGCACAUUAAAGAUGAAGGAAUACUCCGUUCUAUUAUUAGAACGUAAUGCAACGGAUAUUUCGCAGCACAGCACUUUGACAUUGUUUUCUGUGGAAAGCAUUCUGCUCUGGACUGAGAGAAGGACAGACAGUUGGCUCCCACGGUAUAUCUACAGUAUGUGUAUGCGUUGCGUGUCCGUGUGUGAGUGAGUAUGUAGACCAGCAUACUACACAACUGUUUGCUGCUACAAAAAAAAUCAUAAUCAACUAAACAAACGCAUCAUUUGACGGAAGCGCCUUCUGACUUCACUUUCACUGGAUGCGAGUCUACUGUGCUGGUACGCAAAUCGCUCGGAGAUUUAAGACGACAAGGAUGAGGAGGGAGAGGAGCGUUCUGGCACGGAUUCACACGUGGAUGUCUGCUUUUACUGCUUCUUUCAGAAGAUGGCUGCUUUUUCCUCCGAGGACAUUUUCAGCACACGAUUACGAGUGCCUUUAAAGGGAUACUGCAAGCCGACGUGCUAUUAUAGCUGGCGUGAAAGAAAACCACUGAAUGAAAACUCUACUGUAGUUUGAUUCCAUCGGGAAACCCAAUGCCUCGCUUCAAAAAAAACAAAAAGACUGACAAAAGUGCUUUAUAAAUUAUUCGUUCCUUUUUUCCAGGAAAAGGGGGAUUUAACGCAGUAGUGCUUUGAUUACACGUCCUCUCUGAACUUGUAUAUAGCUAAUAUUAUCCCGUCAUAGUCCAUUGUAGAUAAUUUAUAAUGUCAUAGAGUAUUUUUCAGUAUUCAUUUUAUUGCCCAUAUUUAAUGCGCUCUAUUUAUAUAUGCAGUGUUGUGUCCCACCCUCUCCCUACCACUGUCCAGUUUUUGGCAUGGAUUAUCUGUGCUUUAAUUUUAUUAUAUUUUUACAUAUUUAACUAAAAUGAAAUUACACCAACCAAAAAAAAAGGAUCAGAUAUUUACUAACAUUCCCUAAAUGCUUCCUUUGUAGCGAGGAGGACACCUGAAUUAUUAGGCGGACGUACGCAAAGCGCGUGUUGGUCUUUUAACAUUUGUAUAGAUGUGUAUGUAAAGACGUGUGUGUUUUGUUUGUCGUGCAACACGCAAUUACAGAAAAAAAUACUGCUACCAACACCACUAGACUACCAACGACACAAAAAUAUAUACAGAAAAAUACAGCAACCUCUACCAUCAGUCUCAGAAACCCGAUUUAUUAGCUCCUCCUCCUUUUUUGUUGUUGAUGCUGUUCCAUCACUAAUAACCUGUUUUUAUGUGUCCAUGUAAAACAGUAAAGCAUAUUUAUUUUCAAAUUAUAUUGUUUUUAUAUAAAAUACUGAAAAGGU